AUCCCAGGGACCCUUUGUGGAGGACCAAGGCUACAGGCAAAACUCUGUUCCUCUCUCAGGCCCCACCCAGGCUGUGGUCCCUCCUCCCUUUUAACCCGUCUUGCCUCCUCUCCCCGGCCUGCCCUGCGGAGGUCACUCGUGCAGAAGGAAACCCUGCUGCCACCAGCCUCAGGAUGGGUAACUGCGGCAGACAGGUCCUUUGGGCUCUGGGUUUCCUGCUGCUUCUGGGCUUCAGCUCUGCACAGGGCAUUUGGGAGGCCAUGCUGCCGGCCAGGCUGGCCGAGAAGUCCCGAACUGAAGAAGUUGCAGCGACAGGCUCCAGGCAGCCCCACGCAGACCGCUGCCCACCACCCCCACGGACACUGCCCCCGGGGGCCUGUCAGGCCACACGCUGCCAGGCUGACUCUGAGUGCCCACGACACAGGCGCUGUUGCUACAAUGGCUGUGCCUAUGCCUGCCUGGAGGCAGUGCCACCUCCGCCAGUUCUAGACUGGCUGGUGCAGCCCAAACCACGAUGGCUUGGUGGCAACGGCUGGCUGCUGGAUGGUCCUGAGGAAGUGUUACAAGCAGAGGCUUGCAGCACCACUGAGGACGGGGCAGAGCCACUCCUCUGUCCCUCAGGCUAUGAGUGCCACAUCCUGUGGCCAGGGGACGCAGCCCAGGGCAUACCCAACCAUGGACAGUGUGUUAAGCAACGCCGGCAAGCAGAGGGGCGGGUCCUACGGCAGAGGAUUCACAAGGAAUAUCCAGGAGGUGACUCCAAGAAUGUGGCAGAGCCUGGGAAGGGACAACAGAGGCACUUUCCAUAAAGUGAAGAUUGGCUGCCUUUUCGGGGCCUCUCCUAUGCUUUCCGCACGCUAAGCCUUGGAAACAGCAAGAGAAUUUGUCCCUAGACAUCACACUCCAUUCCACAGGACAGGACUUCAGAGGUUCUGGGAAACGGAACUUCAGACUCCCAACCCCAGAGUGGUCCAGCCUGGUGUGGUAACUUGGUGGAAGCUCCUGACCAGCUCUGGGUCUCUGCUCAGCAUCCUUGUCACAUGAACCUGCUGCUUCUAGGUGACUUUUGCAGAUUUUGCCUGCGGAAGGCAUAUAUUCAUCCCUAUUGUUCCCCAAAUAAAUCUGCCCACCACGUAGCAGAAAUAAGCUACUUUAU